UUUUAAAGAGAAGAAACAAAAGUUUUCAAAAUGGAUAACAAGAGGAUGAAAUAAAGUUCAAUGUAAUACAAACUCGAAUUUUAUUUUGUAGUUGCCAUAUCGUGAAUUCUUCGAAGCAAUCUGUCCUAAUCGACCACGAGUUUAUCUUUUCUAAAAAAUGUCGAAUGCCGUCUGCAGGGUAUGUAAGCUCUCCUUCUGUGGGAAGAAUGAAUGGGUUUGGUUUUAAGACUUCAUUAUUUCAGUGACCAGAAACUUCAACAUAAUGGAUUUGGGCUAAAGACUUCAUUACUUCAGGGGGGUGGUUAAUGGCACAUAGAUUCAAACCUCCCACCAGAGAUGUGCUACAUAUCAUGAAACCUCUGAUUCAGGGCCGUGUUACGCAAAACAUCUUAACCGUUCAAACCAAAGUUCAAUGUUUGCAGAGUAAUAGUGCAUAUAUAUUAAGAGCAGAGGAAGAAAAAAUGGUCCAUGGCAAUGAAAACCAUCUCGAAAAUAACUUAAGUGGGAGAUUCAGUGUCCUGUCUGAUCAGGGCCGAAUUGAAGAGGCUUUGAAGUUGCUACAGACUAUGGAUUGUCAAGGUAUAGCGGUAGAUUUUGAUGCGUAUGCAUAUCUCCUGCAUGGGUGUGUUAACAAGAAAGCAAUUGUAGAAGGCAAAUUAGUCCAUGCCCAUAUAAUUCAGACAGGGUUUAAAGCAUUAGAAACCAAAAUCCUGAAUAUGUACGCCAAAUGCGGGUAUUUGAAGGAUGCACGCAAUGUGUUUGACGGACUGCCUGAACGAAAUGUAGUGGCGUGGACUGUGAUGAUUGUGGCUUGUUGUAGGCACAGACAGGAUGAAGAGGCUUUGAAUUUGUAUUAUGAGAUGAAACGUAGUGGGAUUGAUUUGGAUCAUUUUGCGCUUGCAAGCGUUCUGCCUGCUUGCGGCAACUUGGGAGCUCUGGAUGAGGGAAAGGAGGUUCAUAAAGAGAUUGCUAGAAGUGGGUACGAGUCUAAUUUGUUUUCAGGUAGUGCUCUUGUGGAUAUGUAUGUUAAAUGUGGAGAGGUAGACGCUGCACGCGAUGUGUUUGACAAAAUACCUCAAAGAAAUGGUAUUAUUUGGACUGUAAUGAUUUCUGCUUAUGCCCGGCAAGGGCGUGGGGAAGAAGCCCUGGCAUUGUUCUACGAUAUGCAGCGAUCUGGAAUCAGGCCAAGUCAUUUUACCUAUGUUGUUGUUCUCCCGGCCUGUGCCGACUUGAGAGCUUUGGAACAUGGCAAAGAGAUUCAUCAGGAGAUAAUUAGAGGAGGAUUUCUAUCUAAUGUCAUUGUGGGGAGUGCCCUUGUCGACAUGUAUAUAAAAUGUGGGAAUGUGGAGGACGCACGAAUGCUAUUUGACGAAUUGCCUGAACGGAAUGUGGUCUCAUGGAAUACUAUGAUUUCUGGGUAUGCACAGAAUGGACUUUUGGACGAGGCCGUGAAGCUCUUUGAUGAAGUGCCUGAGCGAGAUGUAUUCUCAUGGACUUCUAUGGUUGCAGGCUUUGCACAGAAUGGGUAUGUGGAAGAUGCUUAUAAAUUCUUUGAAAGAAUGCCCGAGCAUACUCUUGUUUCAUGGAAUGCAAUGAUUGCAGGAUAUGCACAAAACCAGUGUUUUGAUGAGAGCCUGAAACUAUUCGGCCGGAUGCGUUUGUCUGGUUUGAAGCCAGACAGUGAUACAUCUGCCAUUGUUCUCUCGGCUUGUUCCAACUUAGCAGCUUUAGAGCAUGGGAAACAGGUCCAUGAGGAUGUUAUGAGAAGCGGAUUACAGUCAGAUAUCUUUGUGGGAAGUGCCCUUGUUGAUAUGUAUGCAAAAUGUGGAAAUAUAAUGGAUGCACAAAAAGCGUUUGAUAAAAUGCCUAGGAGAAAUAAUGUGUCAUGGAAUGCAAUGAUUGUAGGGUAUGCUAUGCAUGGUCAGGGAAAGGUGGCUGUUCAAUUCUUUGAGCAAAUGCAACAAGAAGGUUUAAAACCAGACUAUGUAACUUUUAUUGGUGUUUUAUCUGCAUGUGGUCAUGCAGGUCUAGUGGAUGAUGGGAGACAAUACUUUGAUUGCAUGACACGAAUACAUAAAAUCACACCUACAAUGGAUCACUAUUGCUGCAUGGUUGAUCUUCUAGGUCGUGCGGGUCAUCUUGAUGAAGCCAAGAAGUUUAUUGACAAAAUGCCAGAAAAACCCAAUGCUAUAGUCUGGGGAUCUUUGCUUGGGGCAUGCGGAAUCCAUAACAAUACGGAGCUUGGAGAGUAUGUUGCAGAGCGCCUUAUUGAGUUGGAUCCAAACAAUUCGGCACAUUAUGUGAAGUUGUCCAAUAUCUAUGCAGCAACCGGCAGUUGGGACGGAAUAGAAAGGGUACGGAAAUUGAUGAAAGAGAGGAGUGUAAAGAAACAGCCUGGAUGCAGCUGGAUUGAGAUCAAUCACAAACUGAACACUUUUGUAGUUGGAGACAGAUCACACCCACAAACAGAGGAAAUUUACGCAAAGCUGGAGACAUUGUCGGCAAAGAUGGAAGCAGCAGGGUAUGUGGCUGAUACAAAAUUUGUACUUCAUGAUGUGGAUGAAGAGCAAAAGAAGUAUAUUCUUCGUCACCAUAGUGAGAAGCUAGCAAUUGCAUUUGGACUUUUGAACACCCCUCCAGGAACCCCUCUCCGGAUAGUUAAGAAUCUUCGGGUGUGUGGUGAUUGUCACUCUGCCACAAAGUACAUUUCCAAGAUUGUUUCACGAGAGAUUGUUAUGAGGGAUUCCAGCCGUUUCCAUCAUUUCAAGGAUGGACAGUGUUCUUGCGGCAAUUACUGGUGAUACUGAAUACAACAAAUGACAAAUGCAAUCUUGCAUGGAAGCAUGCUUGUGUUCUAAUGGGUAACAAAAUGCUAAGUAUUUUGUUUACUGUAAAGGAAUAAGAGGAGCCAGAGUAUAACUUUUGGGGUAGAAGAAUUGAUGGAUGGAAUAAUACCACAUGGUUCAUGAAGCAUAUUUACAAUGUCAACAAAAUACCUAAGAUAACUAGUAGUAAACCAACGAUGAUAGAGCAGAAAUAUCUUGUACAAAGCACAGCCUUGUUACUGCCUGCCUUAAGCAGUGGACUAUAAUGAUCAUCUACAGGUUCUUGCUUGUUGGGUGUUUAGGUGAUUUUGUAUAUUGGGGGAAAAAAAGGAUGGGGUUGAGUGGUGGACAAGCUGAUAAAUGUGGAUUUUCUCAUUACAAUGUGUGUCCCAAUGCAUGCAUAUCAUGUAUCCUUUAUAAGGCUUUCGGUUUCCAGGCCUCAGCAGUUUUCCAUCUGGUGUGUAGGUGAAGGGGGGAUAUGAUAUUUCCUUCUCUCUGAUGUUCGUUAUUCUCACAACAAUUCAGCAUUAAUACAGUUGCUGUUCCUCCUUUUCUGGCUGCUGUUCUUUAUAGAGUUUAUUGGCGAUUGUUAUUGAUUUUUUUUUAAUUAUUGUUAGGUGUUUUUUUUCCGCUGGAAGGCAAUGUGCUCUGCUAAAAUUGUUGUGCGACAGUGAAUUGUGCAAGUGAGACCAAACGCUGGAGAAUGCUAGCGCAAUAUGGAGGGCUCAGAAUUUAGUGCUGCUGAUGGCACAACAAGCUUGCUUGUGUGCAGCAUUAACUCCUCCAUUGUUCCUUUCAUCUAAUUAUAAGUGCCCCAACAUAGGCGGUAUUAUCCAUUGUAUCAUAGUGCUUCUUGGACUUGCUGUGAAUGACACUGAAAGCAUAUUAAAUUAAUAAGAUUUAUCUAUUACAUGUGGA